UAGAAAGGCGUUUGAGAGGGGGGCAUUUUACACAAAUUAAACAUGCUGCUCCGUUUCGCCCUAUAAGCAUCCAAGGAGCCUGUGCUUACCAAUCAAUCGGUACAGUCAAACAGAGCUGCAGCCGCGUGGAGACCUUCAGUCUCGCUUCAUUUCUGGAUAUUGGGGGACCUCUCUACCAUGUCAUAUCCACAAUUUGGAUAUCCAUAUUCGUCUGCUCCACAAUUCCUGAUGACAACCAACUCUCUGACCACUUGCUGCGAGUCCACGGGCAGAUCUAUAGCCGAUUCUGGCGUCACGGGAUCCGGACAGGCACCGGUCUACUGUCCGGUAUAUGAGAGCCGGCUGCUUGCCACGGCCAGGCAUGAGCUGAGCUCCGCCGCUGCGCUGGGGGUGUACGGGAGCCCCUACACCGGCGGCCAGGGCUACGGGAAUUACGUUACCUACGGCACGGACGCGUCGGCUUUCUACUCGCUGGGUGCAUUUGAUACUAAAGAUGCAACGGCUUCUGCGCAUGCGGGAAUAACUCAGGCAACUGCCUAUUACCCAUAUGAUCCUGCACUGGGACAGUAUCAGUACGACAGAUAUGGUUCCAUGGAUGGGGGGACAAGACGAAAGAACGCCACCCGUGAGACGACCAGCACCCUGAAGGCCUGGCUGCAGGAGCACAGGAAGAACCCGUACCCGACUAAAGGGGAGAAGAUCAUGCUGGCCAUCAUCACCAAAAUGACCCUGACGCAGGUGUCCACCUGGUUCGCCAACGCCCGGAGGAGGCUCAAGAAGGAGAACAAGAUGACCUGGCCACCCAGGAACAAGGGUUCGGAGGAGAAAAGAUACGAUGAUGAUGAGGAUGGGUCUCAGGAGGAGCAAAUCAAAAGCGAAAAUAACGAUGAUGAGACCAGGAGUCGGGCUGAUAAAGACCUCCAGCUGAGCGACUUGGAUGAUUUCGACACUCUGGAGUCCGAGAGCUCCGAGUGUGAGCUGAAGCACCGAUACCACAUGAACACGCACAUGUCGACGACCACAUCCGACUGCCCCGCAGAGCACCUGGUCAAGAACGCGUCUCUAAAAGUCUCCCUCCCGGUUUCUCUCGGAGGGGAGCAGGACUUGAGCAAAAGUUGCCUCAAAACCAACGCGGAUGACUUCCAGACAAACGGCAGAGCGCAGACGAAGUCGUGCUACAGCCAGCAGCCAGGGCACCAGAUACUAGACGGCAAGCCCCGGAUCUGGUCUCUGGCCCAGACCGCCACGUCCCUGAACCAGACUGAGUACCCGUCCUGUAUGCUGAGGUGCCAGCCGCCGCCCCCCUCCCUCACCCCGUCCCCCUCCGCCACCCCGCCCGUGCCCGGCAUGGACAACAGACAGGACUCGCCGGUCACCACGCUGAGGAACUGGGUGGACGGGGUUUUCCACGACCCCUUGUUCAGGCACAGCACUUUGAGCCAGGCUCUGACCAACACCACCGUCUCCUGGACCGCGAACACCAAAGGCGCCCUCCUGGAGGCGGAGCAGCACCAAGACUCCCCCAAAGAUAGUGCCAUGAGUUUCCCCAAAAAUAUCAACAAACUUUUCUGCUCAUAA